AUGGAACAUGACUUCAAAGAGGGAUGUAAGCCAGGUCCUGAUGUCGCUCACCUUGAAUCGAUCGCCUAUGCAGGCUUCUCGGACGAAGAGGCAGCAAUCUUACGUGCCUAUGAAGGAAACCGGGGUAAGCAAGUUAUGAGAAAGAUUGACCGCCAUCUGAUCCCCGUUCUCGCGUUGCUCUACCUCUUUUCCCACGUCGACCGCACAAGCUUGGGUAAUGCAAAAAUUGAAGGGAUGGAUAAGGACUUGAGCCUUGUAGGAAACCAGUACAAUAUUGCUAGCAGUCUCUUUUUUGUUCCUUACAUUAUCUUUGCUAAUCGCCCCGACUUAGAGAUACCGUCGAACGUGAUGCUCAAGAAAACACGUCCAAGCUUUUGGCUUGCAGUCCAGGUCCUAACAUGGGGCAUUGUGAUGACAUGUAUGGGCUCUGUUCAAGGCUUCGCAAGCCUAACCGCAUGCCGCGUAUUGUUGGGGAUAUGUGAGGCGGGAUUCUUUCCUGGCGCUGUCUACCUGGUCACCCAGUGGUACCCACCAAAUGUGAUCCAGCAGCGUCUUGCUAUUCUAUAUACUGCUUCGGCCAUUUCUGGUGCAUUCAGUGGCCUCUUGGCUUAUGGGAUCUCCAAAAUGAAUGGUAUUCGCGGGAUUGCCGGCUGGCGAUGGAUAUUCAUCCUGGAGGGUAUUGUCCCGUCGGCAUUUGGCCUGUUUCUGCCGCUUCUCCUACCAGAUAGUCAUGAAAAGGUCAGAUGGCUCACAGCGGAAGAGAAGCGAUAUCUCAAUCUUCGCUUCCGACAGAGCGGCAAUCGGUCCACUAACGGAGAGGGAGAUAAGUUCUCCUGGUCAUUGCUGCUCAACACGAUGCUAGACUGGAAGAUUCUUCUAGGGGUCCUUAUGGGCAUGGUCAACGCCGCUCCUAAUGCGGCAUUUUCCUACACAAUGCCUACAAUCAUCAACAAGCUGGGUUUUGAAUCGCAGAAUGCUCAGUUACUGACAAUUCCACCUUACUUUUGUGGUGCCGUGUCAAGCUGGCUAAGUAGCCGACUUGCUGAUCGGUUCGCUUGGCGAUUUCCAUUCAUCGUCGCUCCGAUGGCCUUGAUGCUUGUAUCAUUUUUGAUACUCCUGAUACUAUCAGCUAAUGUCGACGCCUACAAAGGUCCCAUGUAUUUUGCUAUCAUUCUAGCACAAAUCGGCAUCUAUCCAUUGCUGCCAGGGAUUUCGGCCUGGACAGGAAACAAUCUUCCCCAGUCUUGGAAAAGGUCCAUUGGUAUCGCGUGGCUAUUAGCUGCAGCAAAUACUGCUUGCUUUAUCGGAACCAAUGUCUUUCUAGAUGAUCAAGCUCCCCACUAUGUGGUCGGAUACGGUGUGUCACUUGGGAUUAUCGCCAUGGGCAUUAUUGCGGCUUGUUCUCUCGAAUAUACAUUGUGGCGCUUGAACCAGCGCAAGGCUGGUAUCUCCGAAAGUGAAGUUCGUGCGACUUAUACACCGGAGCAGCUGACAGCCAUGGGCGAGAGUAGCCCUAUCUUUAAGUACACGCUGUAG